UCCUUACGUCACUGAAGCGCCCUGGCUCGGGAUCUACUGGUAGUGCUGGCAAUAGAGGAGAAAAUAUCAACUGCUCCGAAAAGAGGCAUUUUCUAUCGGUUGUAACGGUUCCUCAACGGAUAACGGUUCUAUCUGACGCCGGAUACGGAUAAUUGACAUAACUGGACUAACCGAAUUUAUGAGAAGAAGAUCAUUGCCUCAUCCCAGGACCCAUGGACUAAAUGGAUGUUAAAACCACCUUUCUCGCCAAGUUUACCACUCAUCAUAGUCCAAUCAUCAUAGUCCAAUCAUCCAGGAAAUGCAGGAUCUUUGAACAUGAACAAUCUGUUCCUCUCCUUCAGCUGAGACAGACUGCCAGUCAGUAACCACAUAGUGUAACACUCUCUGUAUCAGGGCACUGUAGUCCACAUCUUUUGGAGGAUCACUUAGUCUCAGUAUCUCACCUUUAACCCCUCACCCCCAGCCCUUGACCCUUAACCCCUGACCCCUAACCAUGUACGGCAGCUCCCGCUCCGUUACCAAGAUGGAGGGCAACAACGGCAGCAGUCAGAGUCCCGGUCGCUCCCCCUGCCUGCCCCGCUCCCCGCGCCUCGGCCACCGUCGCACCAACAGUACAGGAGGCCCCGGGGGAAAGACCCUCUCCAUGGAGAACAUCCAGUCUCUGAACGCGGCCUAUGCCGCCUCUGGACCCAUGUACCUCAGUGACAACGAGGUCAUCUCUCAACAGACCCAGGCCUAUCCCAACCCCAACCACGACCCUAGCCUGCCCAAGAGCACCAUGACCCUGGGUCGCUCCGGAGCAAAGCUCCCUUACGGCAUCCGGACAACCGCCAUGGGCUCCAACCCCAACAUCAGCCAGGGAGGUGGAGGCUCGUCCAUGCCCAGUGACAGCAUCGCGUUUGGGUGUGACCACGUGUCCUCGUCCCAGUCCAGCCUCCAGCAGGCAUCCACGGUGCCUCACUCUUUACGCCAAACCAGAGACAACACCAUCAUGGACCUCCAGACCCAGCUGAAGGAGGUGCUGAGGGAGAACGAGCUCCUCCGGGAGGUGGAUGUGAAGGAGAGCAAGCUGAGCUCUUCCAUGAACUCCAUCAAGACCUUCUGGAGCCCCGAGCUGAAGAAGGGAGAGAGCUGUCUGAGGAAGGACGAGACUCAGGUGUCCAAGAUCUCUGUCUGGAAGGAGCAGUACAGGAUCGUAUCCCAGGAGAUGACUCAACACCUCCAGAUGACGGUGCAGGCCCUGCAGGAUGAGCUGAGGACUCAGAGAGAUCUGAAUCAGUUGUUCCAGCAGGACUGUAGCGGAGGGAGACCUGGAGAACCUCUGUCAUUCGAACCCACUGAGGACAACUUCCACAGGCUCCAAGCUGAACACCAGAGACAGGCCAAGGAGAUGUUCCUCCUGAGGAAGACGCUGGAGGAGAUGGAGUUGAGGAUCGACAGUCAGAAACAGACCCUGGGGGCCAGAGACCAGUCUAUCAAGAAACUACUGGAGAUGCUGCAGAGCAAAGGUCUGUCAGCCAAGGCCUCAGAGGAAGACCAUGAGAGGACCAGGAGACUGGCUGAGGCUGACAUGCACAUCCACCAUCUAGACAGUCUACUGGAACAGAAAGACAAGGAGACCAACGCCCUACGAGAGGAGCUGCACCGACGGAGCUAUGAAGGAGCCCCUGAAUCAGCCAAGACCAAGGCCCUGCAGACCGUCAUCGAGAUGAAGGACUCUAAGGUCCAGUCUCUGGAGCGAGGUCUGAGGGACCUGGAGGAAGAGAUUGAGAUGUUAAAGUCUAACGGGGCUCUGAGCACUGAGGAGAGAGAGGAGGAGAUGAAACAAAUGGAGGUGUACAGAUCCCACUCCAAGUUCAUGAAGAACAAGGUAGAGCAGCUGAAGGAGGAGCUGUCUCAGAGAGAGGUCCAGGGGGAGGAGCUUAAGCAGAAGGCUGCCGACCUGCAGCAGGAAGUGUCUGCCAUUGACCAGGUAAAGCAGGAGCUCAGCAGGAAGGAGACAGAGCUGAUGGGGAUGAGGACCAAGCUGGAGACUCUCACCAACCAGUUCUCAGACAGCAAACAGCACAUCGAGGUCCUCAAGGAGUCACUGACCGCUAAGGAACAGCGCUCUACUAUCAUUCAGACAGAGGUGGAUGCUCUGCGUCUGCGUCUGGAAGAGAAAGAUUCCCAGCUGAAUAAGAAGUCGAACCAGAUCCAGGAGACGUCUGAGGAGAAGGGGACGCUCAGCAGAGAGGUACACGACCUCAAGGACAUGCUGGAGGUCAAGGAGCGCAAGGUCAACGUCCUGCAGAAGAAGAUUGAGAAUCUGCAGGAGCAGCUGAGAGACAAGGAGAACCAGAUGAGUAGUCUGAAGGACAGAGUCAGGUCUCUCCAGACAGACACCUCCAACACUGACACAGCUCUCACCACCCUGGAGGAAGCACUGGCUGAGAAGGAGCGUAUCAUUGAGCGUCUGAAGGAGCAGAGAGACAGAGACGACAGAGAGAAGACAGAAGACAUCGAGUCCAACAAGAAAGAACUGAAGGAGCUCAGAGAGAAACUCAGUCUACUGCAGGGAGACCUGUCUGACCGAGAGACCAACCUGUUAGACCUUAAGGAACAUGCUUCGUCCCUGGCUUCCUCCGGUCUGAAGAAGGACUCUAAACUGAAGAGUCUGGAGAUGUCUCUGGAACAGAGGAAAGACGAGUUCAUCAAGAUGGAGAACCAGCUCAAGAAGGCCCAGAAUACCAUGCUGGAGGCCCAGGCCAACACGGAGCUGUCAGAACGCAUCGUUACUCUGGAACAGGAAGUGACUCGGCACAGAGAGGAUUCUGGGAAGGCCCAGGUGGAGGUGGACCGAUUGCUGGAGAUCCUCAGAGAGAUGGAGAACGAGAAGAACGACAAGGACAAGAAAAUCAAUGAACUGGAGAAACAGGUGAAGGACCAGACUAAGACGGUGGCCCACCUGAAACAUAAGGAGCAGGUGGAGAAGAGUAAGAACGCCCAGCUGGUGCAGGAGGUCAGGAAGAGAGAGGACAACCUCAACGAGAGCUCUCAACACGUCAAGGACUCCCUGCGCCAGAAGGAGGAGCGUAUAGAGGAGCUGGAGGAGGCUCUGAGAGAAAGUGUCCAGAUUACAGCAGAGAGAGAGAUGGUUCUGGCUCAGGAGGAAGCUGCUCGCACACACACUGAGAAACAGAUGGAGGAGCUGCUUGCGGCCAUGGGGAAGGUGAAACUGGAGCUGGAGUCCAUGCAGGCCAAGCUGUCCUCUACCCAGCAGUCCUUGGCUGAGAAGGAGGCCCACCUGACCACACUGAGGGCAGAACGCAGGAAACACCUGGAGGAGGUGCUGGAGAUGAAACAGGAGGCGCUGUUAGCAGCCAUCAGUGAGAAGGAUGCCAACAUCGCCCUGCUGGAGCUGUCCUCGUCCAAGAAGAAGAAGACGCAGGACGAGGUGGCCAUGCUGAAGAGAGAGAAGGACAGCCUGGUACAACAGCUCAAACAACAGACCCAGAACCGUAUGAAGCUGAUGGCCGACAACUACGAGGCUGAGCAUCUGAAGGCCUCCUCACGUUCUGAGCAGACCAAUCACAAACCCUCCCCAGACCAGAUCAUCCCUCCUCUCCUGGACCUGAACCAGAACCGCAGUAAGCUGAAGAUGUAUAUUGGUCACCUGAGAGACCUGUGUCAGGAGAGAGACCCCCAGAUCCUGCAGGACCUGACACCUCCCUCCUCCUACCACAGCUCUCAACACACCGCCUGGGAGACACAGCUACACAACAUGACCCCAGAGCAGUUGGAGUCGGAGCUGGCGGUGUGUGAGAGGGAGAGUGCAGAGCUCCAGGAGCAUGCUAACUGUGUCCUGCAGCAGAUCGCUGACCACUGCCCCGACAUCCUGGAGCAGGUGGUCAACGCCCUGGAAGAGUCCUGCUGACCUGUCAAUGUCCCCGCCAACCACACUCUCACAACGCGUCGAGAGAGAGAGAUGCCUUUAUAUUCGCGGUCCUUCAUUUCCUGCCUUACCUGUUCUCCCAAUAUCUCUUUGGGGAUUUGUUACUGAUUUAUUAACAAUGAUUUGUCAGAUUGGUGCAACAAUCCUCUAAAUCUAAAACUGUUUGUGGUGAGAAGGCCUUCUUGAACCGUUCAUGACGUUGAACCCUGUCUUUUUCUUAGACCUGACCACAAAACCUGUCCGUUACUAAGGUGUGGUCAACCAUGUUAUAUUAGUGUUACUCACAUACAGUUACUGCUUAGUUAUUACACAGUUACAGCUUAGUUACCACACAGUUACUGCUUAUUUACUGCUUAGUUACCAUACAGUUACUGCUUAGUUACUACACAGUUACUGCUUAGUCACUACACAGUUACUGCUUAGUUACUACACAGUUACUGCUUAGUUACUACACAGUUACUGCUUA